UUUUAAGGUUGACUCAUGGAUGAUUUUUCUUAUACUUUGUACAUCGUAAUUAUUAAAAUUUAUAACGUGCUCCACUCAAUUUUAAAAGUCGAUUUUCUUGUGCUUGCGCGCUAAUGUUUUAAGGUUAACCCAUGGGUGAUUUUUUCUUUAAAAAAAAUCAAUAAUUCCACAAUGUUAUAAGCAAUUCGAGCCUUUAAUUUUUUUUCUUUUAUUUAUUUAUUUAUUUUUUCUCUAAGUUGUAGUUACUGCAGUAUCAUUCAAAAUGAUUUUGCAUAUAUAUAUAUAUAUAUAUUGUCUAGUAUUGAAACAAAAAACUCAGUUAGAGUGAUUUGUCGAAACUGAGGAGGGUGGUUGUAUGCAUUAAUUCUUCUUGCAUCUCUACCUGAAAUCCCUCCCUCCAUGCAUGCAUGCAUGCAUCCGUGUUGGCGCGCAUUUCCGUUUGCAGUCCACACCUGUCCCCCCGCAUAUUUCGCUCCUUCCUCCAGUUGUCGUGGAUUUCUCUGUGAUCGGAGCUAUAUAUUUUUUGCAUCUUCUGAUUCUUCUUCUACCCUGAAACAGAGUCCCACUGUGUGUAUAUAUCACUGUGUGUAUCUAUCACUCGCGUACUCCCCUGAAACAAAGUCCCACUGCGUGAACACUGUGUGAAGAUGUACAAGUUUGUGUCCCUGAGACAUGUUCUCCUCGUCUCUUUGGCCAUCAAUGUUGGGCUUCUAUGGAGGUUUACCAACGAAGGAAAUGGAUCGGACGCAAACGUUCGAAGAAAGACCAAUGUAAUAAGGUCUUCUUCAUUUACAACGGGGUUAAUUUCAGUUGAUGAAGUCCAACCUCAAGAGUUUAUCAGUCUUCAAGUUGGCGACCCCACAAUGUAUACAAGAUUCUGGCGGGAAAUGGGGAACAAGACUACAGUCGUUUUAUCCGGAGACCAGCACUUGAGUUACAUAUCCAACGUGAAAAACCUUUGCUGGUUUUUGGAACCUAAGCUUGAGAGUGCAAUCACCAGAUUGCACCAAUUAGUGGGGAAUGCGGUCGUCGACGAUCGCCACAUUGUGGUGGGAACCGGUUCCUCGCAGCUCUAUCAUGCUGCACUGUAUGCUCUCUCUUCGCUCGAUGCUUCAGAGCCGAUGAGCGUGGUUGCAGCUGCACCAUACUACUCGUCUUACCCAUCAAUGACUGAUUUAUUAAAGUCUGGGCUUCAUAAAUGGGAUGGUGAUGCACACAAAUUCAAUAAGACCAAGCCAUAUAUUGAAGUUGUGACAUCCCCAAACAACCCAGAUGGUUUUAUAAGGAAACCAGUGGUAAAUCAUGAAAAUGGAAGAGUGGUUCAUGACCUUGCUUACUACUGGCCACAAUAUACUCCAAUUUCUUCUCCGGUAGACCAUGAACUCGUGAUGUUCACUGUCUCCAAAGCCACAGGCCAUGCCGGGAUGCGCAUAGGUUGGGCUCUUGUUAAGGAUGAAGAAGUUGCCAAAAAAAUGGUGAAAUACAUCGAGCUCAAUAGUAUAGGCGUGUCAAAAGAUUCACAGCUUCGAGCCACAAAGAUUCUGCAAGCUGUGAUUGAUAGUUACGACCAUACUAGCAUCCCUGAAGAAGGUGAAACCUUAUUUGAGUUCGGUUUUAACCUUAUGGCAGAAAGGUGGAAGAAAUUGAGGACAGUAGUGAAACAGAACCCUAUUUUUAGUUUACCUAACUAUUCUCCAGGGUUGUGCAGUUUUAGCGGUCGCACUUUUGAACCACAACCAGCAUUUGCAUGGUUGAAAUGUGAGGGACAAAUAGAGGAUUGCGAAAGCUUCCUUCGGAGCCACAAGAUACUAACUAGAGGAGGGGAGAAGUUUGGGGUUAGUACGAAGCACGUAAGAAUUAGCAUGGUGGAUGAGGAUAAUACUUUUGAUCUCUUUGCAGAGAGAUUAUCCACCAUCCGUCAAUAACAGUCCAAAUGUGGUCUAAUGUAAAUAAAUUUGUUAAUAUGUAGGACAAUUAUACAUU